CCGUAUUGAGUUCUGUGUUAGAAUGGCAAUCAAAAUUAUUUGUCUUUUCGCCUUAGUGGCUAUUGUUCAUGGAAGUCAUUUUGGAAAUGUUUUCUACGCUUCACAAGCAUUACACGCCGCACCAAUCUACGUUCGGGCCGCACCUGUGGUUCUAGACCAUCCAACUCCAAUUUAUACCAAAGAUUAUUAUACGCCAGCUAAAUAUGCAUUCCAAUAUGGUGUCCAUGAUGGUCAUACUGGUGAUGUUAAAGAUCAACAUGAAGAACGUAAUGGUGAUGUAGUCAAAGGUUAUUAUUCUUUAAAUGAAGCUGAUGGAACCAAACGUAUUGUUCAUUACACUGCUGACAAUCAUAAUGGUUUUAAUGCAGUUGUUGAACGUAAAGGUCAUGCAGUUCAUCCGGUCACCUUGAAAUCAUCCAUUCCAUUAGUAAAUGUUGAUCAGUCUGGCUCAGUGUACGGAGAUUCUAUUGCAGUGGCUCACCACGCUAUUCCCCAUUAUAGUGUCCAUUACUAG